UGUACUCCGAUACUUCAAUAUAUAUACCUACAAAUACCUUCGACACACCUGUACCUGUGGUGAGCCUUUGAGCCUGUGAGCCUGUGAGUCUGUCAUACUCAGUAUGAGCUUAUAUUUCUAUAAGCCCAAUCUCGAGGAUAUGAUACGAGUACUCUUGUUGGGCAGAAUGCAGGCGGGUCGGCUGAUUAGCCAAAGGGACAUAGAGAGCGUCUGCCUGAUGGGCCGCAGUGUCUUCCUGCGAGAGGAGAUGUGCCUGCGGCUGGAUGCGCCCCUGUGCAUUGUGGGCGAUCUGCACGGCCAGUUCGAGGAUCUGCUGCGUAUCCUGAACAACUCUGGCCAUCCGCCGCUGCAGCGCUACCUCUUCCUCGGCGACUACGUGGACCGCGGCCACAGUUCCGUGGAGACCAUCACGCUGCUGCUCUGCUACAAGCUCCGCUACCCGGACAACGUGUACAUGCUGCGCGGCAACCACGAGAGCGCGGUGCUCAACCGGGUCUACGGCUUCUUCGACGAGUGCAAGCGCCGCUACACGACCAAGCUGUGGAAGACCUUCGUCGACUGCUACAACUGCAUGCCAGUGGCGGCGAUCGUCUCGGGGCGGAUCUUCUGCUGCCACGGCGGCCUGAGUCCCUGCCUCCGCUCGAUAGAGCAGAUCAACAUGCUGCCACGGCCCACGGAAAUACCAAACCAGGGCCUGCUCUGCGACCUGCUGUGGUCCGAUCCGCAUCUGACGUCCUAUGGCUGGAAGUACAACAAGCGGGGCGUGAGUGUGUCCUUUGGAAGGGACAUGGUCGAGCGGUUUCUCAUCCGCAACGACUUCGAUCUGAUCUGUCGGGCCCAUCAGGUGGUCGAGGAUGGCUAUGAGUUCUUUGCCAAGCGCCAGCUGGUCACCAUCUUCUCGGCGUCCAACUAUUGUGGGGUUUUCGAAAAUUCCGGCGCCACCAUGAUGGUCGCGGAAAAUCUGGCCAUCACAUUCGACAUCUAUCCGCCAAAAAACAGGAAAAGGCCCUCGCCACAGGUGCGAACCACUAAAUCGAUUCAGCUGGGUCCUCGCGAGAGUGGAAAUGUCUUUAAAGCAGCCAUGAACCGGAUUAAAACUAGCAUUAAACCCUCUGCCGGCAACCCUACAGUGAAUAUUAAUAUCGAUAUUUAAGGGAAAUUGAUGUAAUUUCCGCAUCAGUUUGCAUCUUUCCCACUCAGCCAACUGUCACAUCAAUUUGCUCUACAGCCUCGACAGAAGAUGGGCAACAUUGCAAAAUUGCAACACAUGUGGCAUGGACCGGGGACAGUGCCCUCGUCGUCAU